AUUGCACAAUUUGAUUUCGAGAUUGAGACUAAUUUGAGGUUAGGUUUCUUUUUUUUUGGAAGUUGUAGAAAAUAGUGUCAAAUAUUGCUUUAUUUGUGCAAGUUUCACCAAAAUGGCACAAAGUAAGUUCAACGACAUGGCAGGAAAGUUUGCAAAAGGUGGUCCGCCUGGCCUAAGCAUCGGUCUGAAAGCUGUAGCGGUGGUUGGUGCGGCGGCCUAUGGUAUCUCGCAAUCCUUGUUUACCGUGGAAGGUGGUCAUCGAGCAAUAAUGUUUAACAGAAUCGGAGGAAUCCAACAGCAUGUCAUGACUGAAGGUCUACAUUUCCGGGUACCAUGGUUUCAGUAUCCAAUCAUUUACGACAUUAGAUCACGCCCUCGCAAAAUAUCAUCACCCACUGGUUCCAAAGACUUACAAAUGGUAAAUAUUUCAUUACGCGUGUUAUCUCGACCCGAUGCUAACAAUCUUCCAAUUAUGUAUCGACAACUUGGUACUGAUUACGAUGAAAAAGUUUUACCAUCUAUUUGCAAUGAAGUGCUCAAAUCUGUUGUGGCGAAAUUUAACGCAUCUCAGUUGAUCACACAACGCCAACAAGUUUCUCUAUUAAUCAGACGUGAACUUGUUGAACGUGCAGCUGAUUUUAACAUAAUACUUGAUGAUGUCUCUCUCACUGAACUAAGUUUUGGAAAAGAAUAUACAGCUGCUGUUGAAGCCAAACAGGUUGCUCAGCAAGAAGCUCAGAGAGCUGCAUUUGUUGUUGAAAGAGCUAAACAAGAGCGUCAACAAAAAAUUGUGCAAGCUGAAGGUGAAGCCGAAGCAGCUGAAAUGUUAGGCAAAGCUAUGGGUAUGAACCCUGGUUACCUCAAAUUGCGUAAAAUCCGUGCCGCUCAAAGUAUUUCAAGAAUGAUCGCUCAAUCUCAGAAUCGUGUCUUUCUUCCUGGCAACAGUUUAAUGAUCAACUUACAAGACCCCACAUUUGAUGAUCUUUCAGAAAAACUUACAAAAAAGAAGUAACAACUAGCUAUGGUAGAGUGUGUUGAUAGUUUAGAAGCAGCAACCACUCUCACCAACCAAGAGGAAACUAUAAUUAUCAGCGGUGCUGCUUCAAUUACUGUUUAGCAUAUUCGCAUUUCAAACACAUGUAAAAAGUCAAGUACUACUAUGCUCUUAACCAUAAUGUUGCAUUUUAUGUUAUUUAGUUAUAGGUCUGUAGAAUGUAUGGGAAUCAAAUGAUUAC